CCUUUCUUUCCCUCUUCACUUGCACUCUAUUCCUCCUUUCCUGUCUUAGAGUUUGUUCCUGCAGCUGCUCUGGAGUCUUGGAAAGAGCCGCUUGGACAGGCUUUUAAAUAUAAAGUCACCAUCUCUGAGCUGAGGAGAACUGGAGCAGCGACGGUCAGCCAAUGCAAGAGGAGGAGAGAGAUUCAGGAAAGAAACUACAGACGUGCAGAGGAUUUUCAGAUUGGCGGUCAGAAAACACACAGGUGAACUAGCUAUUUUGGGAUAAAGAUGAAAAGGAAGAAGAAUUUAGUGGAGGACAUCUCCACGCUUAUCACCCUCUCGGACCAUCCUGAAAAAGCCUACGGGAGCAUGGAGAUGAGUGCAGCACCUCAGGAAAACAAGAACGUGUUCAGUGAUGGGGUCACCCGGAUCGAUUUUGUCUUGGUGUGGGAGGAAUCUGUAAACCCCCUGAAGUUUGCAGAAUCAGAUGAAGUAUCGUCCGGUUCCUCUCGUGACACUCACAGGAAGUGGAGGGCAGAGUUUCUUUCCAGACUCCAGACUGCCGGCCUUCAUCAGGAGACGAAAGAGGUUUUGCAGGAAAAAACAAAGACAACUUACGUCCUUCUGAGUGCACCCUGGAAUGUUCUGUGUUAUUAUGCAGAGGAGAUCAGCCUUCGAGUGCCAUUACAGGUUGUGACUACUCCGAUAUCAAACUGGUCUGAGAAGAUCCUAGAAAAACUGCACAUCCCAAACAUAAUGGCACAAGAUGUGCCUAACCUUCCGCCGGACUACUACACCUGCCAGUUCCACACCAAUAAACUAGAGAGGUUUCUUGGUCAUGAAAACAAGGAUACCUUUUUCAAGACCACACAGAGGCAUCAGAUACUGUAUGAGAUAUUAGCCAGGACUCCAUAUGGAUCGUUGAAGAGAGGGGAGGUUGGCAUUGGCAGACUGGUUAGUGAGCACGUUCUCACUGCUGCUUUUCCCUUACAUGAGGGCCCAUUUGAGAUGCCAGAGACUCCAGUAGAUCCACAGUCUCUCAACAUGAGACAGAUCCUGCAUCACUACUGGGCUCGCUGGGCUUGCUGGAGGAAGUACCAACCUCUGGAUCACAUUCGUGAAUACUUUGGCGAAAAGAUAGCUCUCUACUUUGCAUGGUUAGGUUUCUACACAGGCUGGUUAUUACCAGCAGCAGUAGUGGGUUUUAUUAUUUUUCUAUUUGGCAUCUGGCUGAUGAUCACUGAUGUGGCAGCAGAAGAACUUUGCUCCAGUGGAGGCGCAUUUGUCAUGUGUCCACUAUGCCACAUCUGCAGCUACUGGAAUCUCUCCAGCAUCUGCUAUACUUAUAAGGCAGGCUUACUAUUUGACAAUGGAGGAACUGUGUUCUUCAGUAUAUUCAUGUCUCUGUGGGCCGUCACCUUCCUGGAGUACUGGAAACGCACAUGCUCCAUACUGUCCCACCGAUGGGACUGCUUCGAAUUUGAAGAAAUAGAGGAGAGGCCAAGACCAGAAUUCACAGCAUUGGCACCCAUGACGGUUCGUAAUCCUGUGACUGGGGCUGAAGAACCCUAUUUCCCAGAGAGUCAACGACUGAGUCGUACUCUAACUGGUAAUAUGGUCAUCAUUCUAAUGAUUGCCAUUGUUUUGAUAUUCCUAAUAGCCAUUAUCCUGUAUCGAACUAUCCUAAGUAUCAUUAUCUACAGAUCACAGAAUGAGUUCUUCAUAAUUUUCGCUGGAAGGAUAGCUAGCCUUACUGGUUCUAUGCUAAAUUUGCUGGUUAUUCUGUUGUUGUCACGGCUCUACACUUACCUGGCCCAAAUUCUUACACGAUGGGAAAUGCACCGCACCCAGACCAAAUAUGAGGACGCGUUCAUCCUCAAGGUCUUCAUCUUCCAGUUUGUCAACUUCUACUCAUCUCCUGUUUACAUUGCUUUUUUCAAGGGCAGGUUUGUUGGAUAUCCUGGAAACUAUAAUACACUCCUAGGAAUCCGAAAUGAAGAUUGUGGUGCCUCUGGAUGUCUCACUGAACUAGCUCAAGAGCUGUUAGUCAUCAUGGUAGGCAAACAGGUCAUCAGCAACAUCCAGGAAUUUGUCUUGCCUAAAUUAAAGACAUGGUGGCACAGGAGGAAGCUGAAGCCAGCUCCCAGUCAGGAAGUGAUUGAUGAACCAGACAGUGAGCCAGAGCUCAGCCCAUGGGAAGCAAACUAUCAGCUGCUGGUGUGUGAGGGGCUGUUCGAUGAGUAUCUGGAAAUGGUUCUGCAGUUUGGCUUCAUCACCAUCUUUGUAGCAGCCUGUCCCUUGGCUCCAUUGUUUGCUUUGAUAAAUAACUGGGUGGAGCUGCGUCUCGAUGCCCAGAAGUUUGUGUGUGAGUACCGCAGGCCUGUUGUGGAAAGAGCACAAGACAUUGGGAUCUGGCUGACCAUCCUAAAGUUCAUUUCCUACCUGGCUGUCAUCAGUAAUGCUUUCCUGAUUUCCUUCACGUCUGAUUUCCUGCCACGGCUCUAUUAUCGCUACACUACAGGCAGCAUGAGCGGAUACGUCAACUUCACCCUCUCAGUGGCCCCUGCAAACUUCACCCAAAGCAACUUGACAUGCAGAUAUCGAGGCCUCAGGGAUGAUAAAGGACAACCCACACAAGAUUACUAUCAUCUGCUGGCCAUUCGACUGAGUUUCGUCAUUAUAUUUGAGCAUGUUGUUCUCCUGAUUGGGCGUAUUAUUGACUGGAUGGUGCCAGAUAUUCCUGAGGAGGUGGAAAUUAAGAUCAAACGAGAGCAUUACAUGGCCAAAGAAGCACUGGCUGAGAAUCAGUCACUGAGUAGAACCAUUCUUGAAGAAAUGGAGCAGCAGAUCUCUGCGCUGCGAAACAGAGGAAGAGCACAGAGUCCUAACAACAUCUCGUCUCCCUCCAGUCCAUCUCCUGAACAUAAAGACAAACCUGCAGGCUGAUAUUUGACUCUUCUAAUACACCUUUAUACAAUGUAAAGAUGUUUUUGUAAACUGUUGCCUAUUGAAUAUUGAUAACAUAUCUUCUGUCCUUCGUGAGCUGAGAUGAGCUCUAAAGGCAUCCUAUAAUAAUGGUUUAGAGACCUACCCUGCAUCCUAAAUCACACAAGAAUCAAUCAUUGUGUAUCACUCCAAGGUCACAGGGUCGUACAUGAUUAAAGAAGGCCGGAUUAUGUCA